UUCAUAAUGGCAGGAAAAGGUGUAGUCAGAAGCAUUAAAAACUAUGCAAAAGGAUUUAGUGAAGUACAAAUUAAAGUGAGAGAGGCAACAUCGAAUGACCCUCAUGGACCCAGUGGUGUCAUUCUAAAUGAACUGGCUCAACUUACUUUUAACGAACAUGACUUUAUUGAAAUCAUGGAUAUGCUUGAUAAACGACUGAAUGACAAGGGCAAAAAUUGGAGACACGUCUUUAAAGCAUUAGUCGUCUUGGAUUAUUUAUUACAUUUUGGAUCUGAAAAUGUGGUCAUGUAUGCAAAAGAGAAUGUAUAUGUGAUCAAGACGCUCAGAGAGUUUCAACAUUUGGAUGAUGCUGGAAGAGAUGUUGGACAUAAUGUUCGACAAAAGGCAAAUGAAGUAACCAGCUUAAUAUUGGAUGAUCAGCGACUGAGAGAUGAAAGAAAAUCACCUCACUCAUUGCAAGAUAGGGUAUGGAAUAUAGAUUAUACGUCAACAGCUUUGACUAGAAGAAAUGAGCCAAGGUAUAUAGAUGAAGAACGAGAUUUACAAAGAGCCAUUGAAGAGAGCAAACGUCUGGCAGAGAUAGAAUCCAAAAAACGAGGAGACAGGUAGAUGGAUUAUACUUAUAUAACAGAUUUUAAUUGGAUUAUAGUGAUGCUGAUCUGGCAAGAGCGAUUGAGGAAAGUGAAAGAGAGGCUCGAGAAAUGGAAAGGAAACGAAGAGAACAAUUGGAUAAGACGAAUUUUGAUAAUUUGUUUGGAUUACAAACAUCAAGUCCAUCAUUAUUAUCAAACCCAUUCCCCACAACUCAACGCUUUGACCCGCUUUUUCAAUCACAGCAACAACAACAACAACAGAUACUGCCGCAGACUCAACCGCAGAUUCAACCGCAGUGGCCGCAGUCUACUGGCAUGUCAUUUGCGGACCCUAUUACAGCCACGCAACAACAACAACAACAACAAC